AUGGCUGCAUUAUCAGUAUCCAUGACUAUUCAUGUUACAACAAUCAUUAUGGUUUUCAUGUUUCUGGCAAAGGUAGCUCUUAUGGGGAAUGUUUUUGGCAAUGGAGUUGGAGAAUCCAGCAUACUCUGCCAUGAAACAGAGAAAAAGGCUCUUCUGAGUUUCAAGAAAGAUUUGGUAGAUGAUUAUAACAAAUUGGUGUCUUGGAAUGUUUCUGAAGAAGAAGAUUGCUGCAAAUGGGCUGGAAUUUCUUGCAACGCUCUUACUGGCCACGUCUCGAAGCUCUCUCUCAGGGAUGGUUCCCUUACAGGCAAGAUCAAUCCCUCCUUGCUUAAUCUCACACAUCUAGCUAACUUAGACUUGAGCUUCAACAAUUUUGGGGCAAUUCAAAUUCCAAGUUUUGUGGGUUCU